AUGAAUGUUUCCUUGGGCAAUCCAACAUUUACUUUAGUGCAACUUGUUAAUAAUUCCAAGCCAGUUUUCAUGGCUAAAGCUUCAUGCCCAGUUAUUCGCACCUGUUCUAGUUUCACCACAGCAAUCAAGUGCCCAGAAAGAGAAAAUAAUUUUGGUGGUCAUUUUGUUAAUGGAUUCCUGAGUGGAAGGGUUAAUUCAACGUCCAGUUAUCAAGGGCUUUGGGAAGAUCCUGACUCUGGUAUUGACAGUGAAAAUGAUGACGAUGGUUCAGAUGAUGAAAAAGUGGAAAUGGAAGAGAAUGACUUGGAUUUCGAGAGUGACUGGGAAGAAGAACAAGUACAUACUGAAGCUACUGCUAAAAAUGUGGAGGAGAUGUCCACGAGCAAGUACGAAGAAGAUCUUGUUAAAGAGGUAGAGCAGCUCUUGAGCCCAGAAGAAAGAGCAGUUUUGGAACAGAAUGAAGCUCCCAAUUUGGAGAAAAUAUCAACUGUAAAGUGGAACCCUCUCCAUACUUUUGCACUUGCCGGACAGAUUAAAUUUAUGGACGACCUUCUUGAAAAUGGGUGUGAUAUCGACCUAGUUGAUAAGGAUGGCUUGACGGCUCUGCAUCAUGCAAUCAUUGGUAAAAAGGAGGCAGUCAUCAGUCAUCUUUUAAGAAAAGGUGCAAAUCCUCAAGCAAGGGAUCUGGAUGGUGCUGUACCUCUUCAUUACGCUGUUCAUGUUGGAGCCUUGCAAACUGUCAAACUAUUAAUGAAAUACAAGGUUGAUGUUAACAUUGCUGAUAACGAAGGAUGGACACCAUUGCAUGUCGCCAUGCAAACUAGAAACAGAGACAUAGUAAAGGUUUUGUUAGUCAAUGGUGCAGAUAAAACAAGAAGAAACAAGAACGGGAACACAGCUCUUGAUUUGAGCUUAUGUUAUGGGAAAGAUUUCAAGUCUUAUGACCUCUCUAAGUUACUCAAGCAAAUUCCAGCUAACAGAGACUUGUGA